CCAAGUGUGAUUAAAGGAACAAACACUAAAAUAUUUAUAAAUAGUUAAAAGUGCAUUAAAAUGAUAUUGGUUUGGCUUUUUUCUCUAACGGUCCUAUUGGUGAGGACGACGAAAUGUGAACCACCAGUAAACAGCUAUCUACCUCCAAGCUCAGGGUCAGGUGGAACACCAUCUUCGCAAUAUGGUGCUCCUAAUGGAGGCCAGGGUAGAGGUGACCAGGGAUCUCAAAGUCAGUUCGGCGGCAACUUUAAUCCUCAAGGGAAUUCAAAUUCCCUAUCUACCGAAUAUGGAGUACCCGGUCAAGGUUCUUCCGGAUUCCAAAGAGAUGGUUCGCGAGGUCACCAAGGACAAUCCCCCAGCCAACAAUAUGGAGCUCCCAAUCAACAAGGCGGUGUAGGUGGUAGCGGGUCAUCAUUCCGUGGUCGUGGUUCAGCUCAAAGGCCAGACACUUCUUACGGGACACCGUCUACAGAUAACUAUCAAUCCGGAGGCUUCAGUGGUGGAAGUGGAGGCCGCCAAAAUCAAGGCAGACAACAGUUCGGUGGUUCUCCGUCAACCUCUUAUGGAACCCCUGAUUUCGGUAAUGAUCUAGAUAAUAAAAAUCAAAAUUAUCGAGGAUCAGGGGUAGAUGACUCUAAUGGGCCAGCUAAGUACGAAUUUAGCUAUGAGGUCGAUGAUGCUGAGACAGGUACUAAGUUUGGUCAUUCGGAGCGACGAGAUGGUGACGUCACCACAGGGGAGUAUAACGUAGUGUUGCCGGACGGUAGGAAGCAGGUGGUGGAGUAUGAGGCAGAUCGGGAGGGCUACAAGCCUCAGAUCCGAUAUGAGGGAUCUGGUGGCGGCAGCGGUUCUGGUUUUGGCAGAGGAUCUGGUGGCGGCAGCGGAUCGGGUUUUGGCAGUGGAAGAAAUCAAGGAUACCCACGAGCGGAUGCCAAUGCUGAGGCUUUCGCUGGAAGCGGAGCUGGUUACCCUCAACAGCCUGGUUCAGGUCAAGGCGGAAGAUACCAGCAACCAGGAUUUGGUUCAGGGUCUGGUGCCGGUGGUUAUCCAAGCAAUGACCAAGGCUAUCCAGGUGGACAAGGAGGUGGUUAUCCUAGUGGACAAGGUGGUUUUCCCAGUGGAGGACAAGGUGGUUAUCCGAGUGGAGGACAAGGUGGUUAUCCCAGUGGACAAGGCGGUAGAGGCAGGGGUCAAGGUGGUGGAAAUUAUCCUGGCAGUCAAGGAGGCUAUCCCUCUGGCAGACCUCGAGAUGGAAGGAAUGGUCCUCAAGGAGGGAGCGAAGGUUACCCUAGCGGUGGGCCGAACGGUCCUCGUGGUUCCGGAUACUGAUCGUUAGGUAUAAUAGGUUUCGAACACCGCAUCUCGAUGGCUUGUAAAUAAAUACUCAUUGUAGACUAAACUUUUUUAUUUUUAAUAAACCUCAUAUCAUAUAAUACGUUUUCUUUAUUACCAAAAAAACGAUCAUAAAAUUGUAUUCUGGCAAGUUCGUUGAUAACACUCCCAUGAUAUGGGGGAAACAAGGGGAAAGACUACGGGUGUGAAAUCGUGCGUGCGGGUGUGUGCAUCAGUCGUGGGUUUUUCAUUCAUCGGGAACGCAACAUCGGGAGUGUUACGAAAGAAGUUGCCAAGCUAUAGCGGUCAAUUUUUUUUUUUUUUUGCGGUUUUGACAGCCGCGUGGCGCAGUGGGCAGUGACCCUGCUUUCUGCAUCCACGGCCGUGGGUUCGAUUCCCACAACUGGAAAAUAUUUGUGUGAUGAGCAUGGGUGUUUUCCAGUGUCUGUGUGUAUUUAUUCAUUAUAUAAGUAUUUAUAUGUAGUAUAUAAAUGUAUAUUAAUAUUAUAAUAUCAACUAUCUUAGCACCCAUAACACAAGCUACUCUGUAUGCUUACUUUGGGGCUAGAUAAUGAUGUGUAUUGUUUAAGUAUAUUUAUUUAUUUAUUUAAUUAUAUAGAAAGAAAAAUACAGUCAAUAUUAGAGCUAUAUUUUUGUAAUUGUAUGUAGUGUGAGAUAUUUUUUUCUAUAAAACAUUUCAAUAAUGAGUGUUUACAAUGUUAAAAUCUUGUAUACUUUCGCACUGUCAACAUUUAUUUGAUUUCGAAAACAAGUUUGAACGACCAUAAGUACGCGCGUUAACAACUGAGUCUUAGGGCCAUAAAUCAUUUCUCUAUAUCUAUCUCGCUUGCACUUAUGGGUCUUAUGGAGCCGUCUAGUGAAGGGUGUAACAAUGAAAGACAUAUUAUCGAUAAGUAAAGUUUAUUAUCGUAUCUUGUUCACAAAAUUAAAAAAAUUAACAAUAUUUGAUUUAAUAUAAUACAUAUUUCAUAUUAUAUAAUUAUUAACUAAAUAAAAUUAAUCUUCAUCUGAGUCUUCAUCAUCAGAAUCUUCGUCUUCUGCCAAAUUUAUUAUAAGCGGCGCGUGAUCUCUAAUUAGAGCUUUUUGUAAAUCUUUGUUUUGAAGUUCUUCGGCAUGCCUAACACAUUUGGCCCAGUCUUCUCGUGUGACAUUUUCUAUGGCUCGGUGGAGGUGAUUUUCGACAUCUGCUAUCUUGAAGGUAUUAUUAUUCUUCGCAACUUCUCCCUUUACUUGUGCCCAAAUUAAUUCUAUUGGGUUAUAUUGACAGUGAUAUGGAGGGAGCCUUAUUACUUCAUGACCUCGUUCAUUUGCCAGAUGGUCUAAAGCGUAGACCUUCUGCGGGUUACUGGCUUUUACUUUUCUUAUUAAUUCUUCAAUAAUUUCGUUGCUGGAAUAUGGAAUCUUUUUCUUUGUCAACCAUUCUUGAAUUUCAGCUUUCCUCGUGUUUCUUGUGGGUAUCUUUUCCAACUGUAUCGAAUGAUAGCUUGCGUUAUCGACAAUUAUAACUGAGGGCUCUUCAAGUAGAUUCAGGAAUUCGGAAAACCAUGCCAUAUAUGUUUCGCCAUCCAUUUCUGUGUGGUAAUCAGCAUCCUUUGAUUUCACCGCUUUAAAUAUUAGCUUCGCAUCUGGAACGAAGCCAGUCCUUGCAGAACCCGCAUGGCAAACUAUUAAUCUUUGGCCUUUUCCCACAGGCUGAUUCUUGAAACCUCCUUCAUCGUUGCUUCCAAGCCACAUCCUCUUUCUUGCAUGGUUUUGAUUAAUCCAUGUUUCGUCUAGAUAGAAACGUGGUCGCUGAUCGUUAGUUCUUCUAAGUAAAUCCAAUUUCCUUAAAAAGUCCAUUCUAGCACAAACAAUAUCAGUUCUUUCCAUUAAAUAUUUACGUCCUUCGCUAUUUUUCUUAUACUGGAACCCAACCUCCUUCAGUAGUAUUCUCAUUGAAGUGUUGCCGCAUUUAAAAUCGGGUAAUUGUUCACGGAAUUUUUCUAAAAUUUUCGCCACGGAUGGAUACUCUCCAUUCUCAUAAAAUGAAGCUACAGUUCGCUUCAACACACUUUUAUCAAAAUCGUCAAUAUUAGUGACGGUUUGUGGUUUCUUAAAAUUUGUUCUUGGUAUACAGGUACUGCCUGAUUGUGAUACUUCCGUCUUGAUUCGGUCCACUGUCGCUCUGCUCACACCACAAACAAAUGCGGCCAUUUCACGUGGUUUGUUGAAAUUUAGAGAAGCCACUUUAUUCGGAUCACUUUUCAAUUCAUUGAGAAACAGGAAUACGUUGUGAAUCAGUGUUCGAGCUUGAGGGCUAAUAUCGCCAUGUAAUUUCUUCAGAUCAACGUUAGAAAAUAAAGUAUCCAUAGUGCGCAACGAGUAACACAUGAAUGUAUUUAUUUAAUUGCAGUAAACACAUUUAUAGCAAAAAAAAUACGCAAUGCAAUUACAUUAGAAACC